UUCACUAAUUAAAUCAUACUUGCACGCUGCACCACUUGUCAGCACUGCAUCACCAAAAUGAGUUCGAUAACAUCGACUUUUCUUUCAUUUUUCUAUGCUCCCAACUCGUGAAGAAUGUGCUUAAUUGUUUGUAAUUCCGUCCGCAAUGAGUUCAAUCUCCCACAAAAGCAUUGCUUAAUUGCUUCUCCUUCUUUUCUUUCUUUCUUUCUUUCUUUCUUUCUUUCUUCAUGAUGAGUAGCUACAAAGGUACUUAAUUAAUUAUUACGUACACAGGCAGCCCGCCACCGGCGGGAAAUCAUGGCCACAGCUAAGAACUCAUAAGUAGUAUGGUCAUCAAGAAGAAGGGAGUACGACUCUCAAUUUUCCCAUUAUAAGAACUCUGAAACAAUUGACACAAUUCCAACACAAACAGUCAUUAACUCUUUCACUCACUUGUGUUGCUCUGAUUCGAAACUCGAUCGUUUCUCCUGAGAUUGUCGUCGCCGACGAAACAAGAAGUCCUGAUCAUGGGUGGGCUGCUGGGGAAGCUCAAGAACAUGGUGGCGGUAACGACUACGGUGGUUAAACUGAUCCCUAAAGUGACAGUUAGUGACCUUGAUCUCAAAGGAUUAACGUUCGAGCAUGUUGAAUACCUUGCUAAGCUCACCAUAGACAAUCCUUACCCAGUCUCGAUCCCCGUCACGGAGAUCGCCUAUCACUUCAAGAGCGACGGAAGGGUUAUUGUGCAUGUGGCGAUUCCGGAUCCAGGAAGCCUGAAAGCCCACGGCAAGACGGAUUUGGAUGUGAUAGUGAAAGUGCCACACAAUGCAUUAAGAAGCCUGGUGACCGACGUUUCGAAAGAUUGGGAUAUCGACUAUGAGAUGGAGCUGAAACUUAUUAUUGAUCUUCCUGUAUUUGGUAACAUCGACAUCCCUCUAACCAACAAGGGCGAGGUCAAGCUCCCUAAGCUCUCUGAUGUCAUCUUUUCUAAGAAGAGAUAAUUAGUGCAACGACGUAUCUGUUUCAUGAUGUGGAUCUUGAUUUGAAAUGUUUAUGCGUGUGUAAAUGUUUUCGGUAUUUUGUUCUUAUCGGUUGGGUGUGAAUUAAAUGAAGGACAAAAAAUAUUCGUGUGUUUGUAUAUUCUCAUAUUUUUGUUUGUCGAACGUUUGCUUAAAUGUGUAUGUUACUUGUUCUUUAAACAAACGAGUCUUUAUUUUGAUCAAAUACCAAAUAAAUUUUUCUGUUACUUUAGCUGUAAAAAAACUUAUCUUUUUUUUUUUUUCGUCCAAAACCACUAUAUUAAUAUGGACAAUCUACAGCAUGUAUUUCUGAUUAGAAGCCAAUAGGAACCUGCUUUUUCUUUAAUUUAUGUCUAGUUGGGACUUGGGAGUAUUGUUAGGGAUGGUAAUGACUAAUGAGUCUACUUAUAAAAUAAUUUGACAUUAUUAUUAUUAUUAUUAUUAUUAUUAUUAUUAUGGGUAAUAAUAAUUCAUAUGGGUAUUAGUUCAAUAUCAAAUAAAUUCAUUUACUCUUAAUGGUUUUGGGUUUGAGUCAAUUCAUUUGACUCAUAUAAAAAAGGAUAAAUUGCAAAUUUGAUCACUUGAAUUACUAGUAAAAUUCACGUUAGCCAUUAGAAUUAAUUUAUUCCAUUCGUAGUCACUCAAAUUAGUUCAACAGUUCAAGUUUGGUUACUCUCCGUUAGUCUCCGUUAACUUUGACUGAUGUGACACUCAACUCUGAUAGUUGACCGUUAACUAAGUGACGUGGCAAUUAAAUAUUAAUAAAAAAUUAAAUUAAAACUUUUCAUUUCCAACUCAAUUUUACACCCAUUUUAAAAAUAACAAUAUCCGUGAUACUAAUGCCACCCCGAUCUACCGUCGUUAAGUACAUAGCAUUCACAAAAAAACCUGAGAGUAAAAUCAAACCAAACCAAAUUGAGCAAACACCAGAGUCAGUAAAAUCUCAUCAGAAAAUUGAGCAAAAACUGUUAGAAACCGAACAUGAAAAAAUUAGGGUUAUCGAUCUGGCUGAGUCGCGGACUAGGUCGCUCUCUUUAAGACGUUCGCGGCACUGCCUCGUAAUGCGCACAUCAGACUAUCAGCCGGUCGCCUCCAGGAUAAAACAGCCACUCUUAUUUAUUGCUCAUCGGUUUUGUGCGGAAAACCGGAGCUCUAUGAAUUCACUCUCUUUCUCGUGUUUCUGCUCUCUGAGGUGUAUUUAGAGGGUCUGGGGCGUCUCCUAUUUAUAGGAGCAGAAAACCCAGAAUAUUCCCUCUUUCUUUGGGAAUUUGUCAUAUUUUAAUUAGGGAGAGAAUUACUCCCAUAAUUAAAAUAUAAUCUAUUAAGAUAAUUAUUCCUAAUUAUCCCCAUAAUAUUCCUUUUAUUAAUUAUCCAUCUUAAUUUCGUAUUAUGGGAAAAUACUGGAUAAUUAAUUAGGAAUUUCAUUAUAGCUUUUCAAAGCUAUUCAUCCCAACAAUCCCCCACUUGAAUAGUUUGAAACUAUCUCUGAGCAUCAACAGUUCCAUAAGAUCGGGCAUAAGCUAAGGUAUCGCGAAGAUUUGAACCUUAGCGUAGUGGUUACACUUCCGAUUUCAUAAGGGUGACUCGUAGUCUUGAACCCUAUCUCAGACAAUGUAGCACACCGGAUCUUUUCAUUGAGUGAUAUUCUCUCAUAGGUCGUGCGUUUAUGGCCAUGCACGUUAUCCCGGUUUAGUGAACGCUCUAGCAACUUUGUGCCUCCAAAGUUACAUAGGGAGCGGCCCCACUCCCACAUUCACAUAGGUGAGUCUAUCAGAAGUACCCCCAAAGUAAAGUACUCCACCCCACAUAGGGUAUAGAUCUCAUUAAGAGUUGUUAACUCAACCUCCAUUGCUUUGGGAUUCAUGCUUCACUAUGCAUGAACUUUUCUCAAUAUUACUCAUGACUUGUUAUUACCCAUUGAACCCGUUUCUUGGGAUAUCCAGUCUAUCGGGUCGGGUUACCAUCACUUGUAAUCCAUGGUUCGGUAGGCAUAAGUCUCAUACCCUUGGUGGUAUUUUGGACUUUCUCUCUAGAUAAUCCUUUCGUCAAAGGAUCAACUAGAUUCUGUUAGGACCUUACAAGAUCCACCCUCAUUGCUCCUAUCGUUAGGAGUUCUCUUACAGUACUGUGCUUACGACCAAUUUGUCGUCUCUUUUUCGUUCUAGAACCGGUUCCCUUCUUUAGUAAUAGCUGCGGUGCUAUCACAAUGAAUCAACUACCGGAGGGAUCGGUCUUUCCCAUAAGGAAAUCUCUAGUAAUGACCCUCUCAAUCAACUUUUCUUUUUACUAGUCAUUGCUAGCUCUAUCAUUUCUGAUUUCUUAGUUGAUUGAGCCAGGAUCGUUUACUUCUUAGACUUCCAAGACAUAGCUUCUCUAUCGAUGUUAAAACACAUCCUCUUGUUGUCUUGGAGUCCUCUAUAGGGUGUUCUAAUCCGCAUCACUAUCCCUACCAAUACAGCAAGAAACCGUUGAUAACAUAUAUCAAGGCCUACUGUUUACUUAAGGUGUCUCAUGACCCUUUUCAAUAACAUUUCAAUGCUUCAUACUAGGACAAUCAAUAAGCCUGCCAAGUACCCCCCACUAAAUCGGGUCUCAUGUUUAUCAGCUGCCUCUCGCAGACUGUAAAUGCUAGUAUAUUCUAACUUUCUUACACCGUCUUAGGUGUUCUUUAAAUAUUUAUACUAGCAUCAUCAAACAUGUAUGCAGGUGUGCAUCUUGUAUUUUCCUAGUUAUUAGGAUCUCUAAGCAUAACAUUUGUUUCAUUCAGAUCCUUCACAUUCAAAAUUCUCAACCAUCAUGGUUUUUCAAUAUUGACAUUACGAGUCUUUGUACCAAAGAUCGACGUGUCAUUCAUAAUGCAAGUGUCAUUCUCAAAUUUGUACUAAAUGCACUUGUCACUUUCACUUUUAAAACCAUGAGAGAGAAUCUGAUUUUUCACGCAAUUGUUUUCGAGUCAUUUUCAAAUCUUACGAUGAUUUGUCUAACCAUAGACUCUAAAAGCAUGUUCAGGAAUAACAACCCUAUAGGUUAUCCCAUGUAUAUUUUCCUAUCUAAAUCACCAUUCACAGAAACAUGUUUAACAAUCCAUCUGACGCACAACACUAGCAAUCAGAACAUACAUGGAUGUUAUUCUACAUAUGGUGAAUAGAUAACAAGAAAAUGUACAAUUUUUCCUUUUUCGCUUAAAGCCUUAGCUCUUAGGCGAUCCUUAUACUCAUAAACUAAACCAAUAGGUUUCACUUUUCUUUUAAGAAUCCAUUUAUUACCCAUGACUUCAUUGCCAAGAGGUAAUUCUCAAAGAUGCCAAGUCUUGUUGGUUUCUAUCGAUAUAUUACCCAAGGCUUUUCAACCAAGAGGUAACUCUACAAGAUUUUAAGUCUUAUUAGACUCCAAUAAUUCCAUUUCGUUAAUAAUGGAUUCUCCCACAAUUCUACAUCUUUAUGGAAGUUCGAACUUCUAGCAGACUUGUAGGAUCUUUCUUUCUUAGGGUGUAAAUAACAAAUUCAUAACCAAAAACCUUAAGAGAUUUCAGGUUCAUUUGCUUCUUCUGAGUUUAAACUCAGAUUUAUUCCUCCCACUAGUUCCAUUAUUUCUAAUAGUAGGUAGGAUAUCACCCCCACUAUUUCUUAAUAUAAAUGGAAUCUAUUG